GAAGAGAAAAGAAGAGGAAGAGGAAGCAGAAGAGGAAGAAGAGGAGGAAGAGGAGGAGGAGGCGGCAUCUGGUGGGGCGGCGGCGCGGCAAUCGAGGAGGCACCACAAUGUCGGGGGAGUUCGGGACGGGGAAGACAAUAUUCGUUUUAGCCAUCGUGGUGGGCUGCUUCGCGGUGCUAUGGCCCAAGAUAUUCUACCCGAUGCUCACGGCCUCCGUCAAGCAGCCAGCACCAGCGAGACAAGCCGGCUGGAGGAGCUCAGCCAACGUGGAGUUCCUGACCAAGCUGUGCUACCUGGUGGAGGAGCAUGGCGGGGGUGAGGGGCGCUGGCCGGAGAGCCGGUGUGCGGAAGAGCUCUGGGAGCACUGCGGCCAGCACCUCACCGAGCCGCUGCUGGAGGCCGUCAGGCUUGGGAGUGACAAGACCAACCUGACCGAGUGUCUCUCAUCAGCCUAUGGCCUCACCCCCGCCCUGGUGGCUGCUGCCGCGCCACCCAAAGUGCGACCACGACCGUAUCUCCCCCAGGGUCCUCAUGCCCGGCCGGAGCGCCCCGCCCACCUCUAUCCUGAGAUGGUCCACCCGGCGCUCAGGGAGAAGGGCCGAGCCAUGCCCCAGCGCACCCUCGACAAGCAGGCCAGGCCUGGCCCCAUGCCUGGUGUGCGGCCGCCGAUGGGGGGUGCGGGGGGCAUCGUGCCGCCCCCCCAGAGCAAGGGGUCCGGGGCCAUGGGGAUCAUCAUGCCCCUCUACACGGUGGGCAUCGUGGUCUUCUUCGUCUACACCAUCAUGAAGGUCCUCUUCAAAAAGGGUAAUGAUGACGACAAGACCCCCAAGCUGAAGGACUUUGGCCUCGACCCUGAGUACCGGAAGUAUGUGUUUGCCGAGGAGUACUUAGACAAUGCCGACGUGUCCACUCGCGACCAGAUUCGGCGGCAGCAACGGGAAGACUCGAGGUCAGCACGACGCAAACACCAACCGGACAUGCAGCAGGGGAUGACGGACACUAAGAUCGGAGCGAGAGUGAGCCGCACACAGGGAAAGAUGGACACUAAGGGAAAGAAGCUGGGGGAGUGGUAUCUCCCUGAAGGCUUCCUCACCCAGUCUUUGGAUCAAGAUUCUGACACGGACUUAAUCUCGGGAGGCGCCAGCAUCAACCAGUCAGCCCAGGAGACGUACAGAGACCGCCUGCUUGAAGGACUCAGAGCCACUAUGCAGGAGUCCUUGAGGUCCCAGGGAAGACGAACGGGGACGAAUCAGGAUAUUCUGAACCUCUUAAAGGAGAAAUAUGGGUUCGAUAUGGAUCUGGACGAGGAGGAGGAAGAGGACGAGAGCCAGUAUGAGGAGCCUGAUUUGUCUGGCUUCUCAUCCCUCAGAGGUGAAGCAAGCAUAAGAGGUACCAGUGACCCCAGACAUCCAUUACCGACCAGGCAGUACACGCUUGACCUGUCGGAGUUAAGGAAUGAACACCCACUGACCGACGAGGGUAAGGGGGAGAGUGAGUCGGAUGUGGACGAUCCCUACCCGAGUAAGGGCUUCCAGGCACGGCACAACACCCUCAACCUGUCGGAGUUCCAGGAAGAAGCCGGCUUACCUCAGGACCAGUGCUCACCUCCGGGCUUUCUGGAGGCACUGGAGGAAGGAUUGCGGCGGAGAAAGGUCACGUGGAGGCUUAGCUCGGAGGAUGACUCGAGUCCUGGCAGUGAGGAACACCAGGAGAUGGGAGCCUCGGAGAACUUACAACAGGAACCCAAAGUAGGAGACUCGCCAGAAGUUAGUGAGUGUUGUGGCGAGGACAGGGAGAGUGAUGCCGGGUCCUCUGCCUCUCAAACGCCGCCUCACCCCAUGCCCUCCUCGCAGGCACACACGGAGGAUCUAGGGGCUGAACAAGAGGACGAGCAGCUGGACCAUCUGCGGCGGCGGCUGGAGGAGACGGAGCGGGCCAUGGAGCGCCUCAUGAGUCAGAUGGGGUCGGUGACGGACAAGCUCACUGCCGCCAAGAUCACGGAAGUUCUCUCACAGGCACAGUUCCAAGCCAAGAUUCUCAAGACACACGGCACAGUCUCCACGGCAAUCUCUGGCAUAUUAGCAGAACUUGACCACUACUCUCAUGGUCACUCACCUCGCCCCCCUCAGGAGAAGGAGGAGCUCAGCAAGGUGACGGAGGAAGAAGAGGGGAAGAAGAAGAAGGAGAAGGAGGAGGUGGUGGAGGAGGGAGAUGAAAAGGGGGGGAGGCGGAGGGAGGGGAGGAGGAAUAUAUCUCGCAGUGGAGUUAAGUGUUGCUGUCCCUCAGACUUCAAGACGCAGGAUUUAAGAAGUAACGCAAGAAACCCAAUUCGCUGUGGAUGUGUUUCUUCCUCCUCCUUCUCUCCACCUUCUCCCCCUUUCCCUUCCUCCUCCCCCUCCUUCCCCUCCUCUGCCUCCUCCUCUUCCUCGCCUCUGUGCACCUGUAAACCUCCCUCCUCCUAUCCUUCUCCAACCACAAAAUUACCUUCCUCCCCCUCCUCUUCCUCGUCCUCCGCCUCUGUUUGUACCUGUCCACCGUACCUUAAUCAGGCCAUUCCUCUUGGUUAUGCUAAAUUGUUUAUGGGGAGGAACAGCUACACCAAUCACCCUGCCUACACGUACACCUGCAACACCAGUAACACCAGCAACACCUCACACAUCACCACCACCAGACAAGCAUCACCACCACAGAGACACACCACACAAAACCACACUCACAUACACUCACCACACCACCCACGCCACACACACACCCCAGCACCUCACCCCACCACCCCUUCCCCCGCCACGCCCCCCAAGGACCCGCCCCCCACAGCCAGUAACCUCGCGAGAGAUAAAAGAGACAUCAGGAGGGAAGGAAGAGAAGGGAGAGAGAAGAACAGCUCCUCCCUCUCCUCCUCCUCUUCCUCCUCCUCCGGUAGUAAGAGAACUCCCUCCACUGCGAGAUGCGAGGAGGUGAGUGAGAUCACCAGCGAGGAGGAGCCCAGCAGCGAGCAGUUCACGGCCACGCUCAGCGAGGACACCUCCCUCCCCACCUCCCUGCGCCGCCACCUGCAGGAGCUACAGGUAGACCAGCUGUCCAGCAUUUCAGAGGCCCUUUAUGGGGAGGUUAAGCAGCUGCAGGAUGGGGGGAGGGGCGGAGCUAACCUGAGGGCCGGGGACUCCACCUCAGAGGAGGAGCCCCUGGAGGAGGACCAGGUUGUAGUUCCCGAGCUGAAGGUAGAAGGUGUAACUGUCCUUUCCUCCCCUGCUACUGUAGACACCUCCCCUCCCCUACACCCUGCUCCACAGGGGGAGGGCAGCACCCCAGGCCAGCCCCAGGGGGAGGCUCCCACUGAAGAAAAGGCCUCCCCUGGGGUGGGCCAGGGGGUUGCUGCCCCCGAGGAGGGUCACACAAAUGUUUCAGCAUUACGAGAGGCUCUGUCUGAAGGUGACAAGGCCAGGGCUCAGGGGACAGCAGCCCCAGGACCACCCGAGGCCCCCAGCACCCCCCCUAAGGCCCAGGAGCCGCCAGAAGCUCCAGCCAAGCCCGAAGAGGCUGCACCAGCUCCUGCCAAGGCCACCCCGCCCACCCCCAAGGAGGUGACGUUCAAGCUUCCCUCGUACUCCUCCUCCACCAGCGCCACAGGGGAUGAGGAGGGGCCCUCAGAGGCCACAGAGACCGGCGCAGACAUCUCUGACUUCGUGUCCUUCGCCGAGGAGAACCACACAGAGGAGGAGCAGUUGCCAGCCCAGGUGGUGCUGCAGGAGGAUGUGCCUGAGGUGGUGUACAAGGCUGCAAACGCUCCCCAGGACGCUGCUGUAGGAACAACCAGCAAGGGCACGUCCACCCAGACCCAGGCGGCCCAGAGCACGGAGCACAGCACACAGACCGACAAGGAGCGGGAGAUCGCCGUGAUGGGGCUGGACACCUCCUUCCACCACGAGAAAGAUGCCCCCUCAGUGCCACCAGAAGUGCCGGAGAUCCUUCUUGAUGCCCUGCUGCCCUCGGAGACGCAGUUGCUGGUAAAGGACACCAAGGACACCAAUGUUGAGAUAGAGAGCAGCGAGGCGGGCGUGGCUCCCUGCAUCGUGACCAGCCACGUCAGUCUGGCCAUACUGGGGCUGGAGGGGGGUCCAUCAGGCCCUAUACAAGUGCAGACAGCCUCCUCCUCCACCACCACCCCACAGACGGUUUCCUCCACCUCUGCCCCGCAGCAGCAUCCAGCACAGCCCACCUCCACACCAGCAAACCCUCAGGAGCCAGCAAGCACACCUCAGCCCAGCACCAGCACAGCCUCUCCCAGCAAGGGGGCGGCAUCCGUGGCAGAGUCAUCCCCUGGGCCCACAAUGGUCGCCCCGCUCUUCACCUCGCCCAGUCCAGUGGUCAGCACCAUCACUGCCAACCAGUUCGUUAAGGAGAAGACGCCGGAGAGAACACAAGUCAUCAAGGAAACACCCCAGAAAGAAGGUGAUUCUGUGGUGACGGCUCCCUUCUUUGCCGCAGCCACCUCAGCCGUCAGCACCAUCACCGCCGACCAGUUCAUCAAGGAGAAGACGCCAGAGAGGACAAAAGUCAUCAAGGAGACGCCCCAGAAAGAAGGCGAUGCUGUGAUGGUUGCCCCGCUGUUCACUGCCCCGGCCCCGGUGGUCAGUUCAAUAACGGCUGACCAGUUCAUGAAAGAGAAGACUCCUGAGAGAACGCAGGUCAUCAAAGAAACCCCAAAAAAAGAGGGCGAUGCUGUGGUAACGGCUCCCUUCUUCACUGCGGCCACGCCUGCCGUCAGCACCAUCACCUUUGACCAGUUCAUCAAGGAGAAGACGCCAGAGAGAACGCAGGUCAUGAAGGAGACGCCCCAGAAAGAGGGUGACUCAGUAAUGGCUGCUCCCUUCUUUGCCGCAGCCACCUCAACCGUCAGCACCAUCACCGCCGACCAGUUCAUCAAGGAAAAGACGCCAGAGAGAACGCCAGUAAUGAAGAUGAUGCCCAAGAAAGAAGGUGAUGCUGUGAUUGUUGCCCCGCUGUUCACUGCCCCGGCCCCGGUGGUCAGCUCCAUAACAGCCGACCAGUUCAUGAAAGAGAAGACACCAGAGAGAACGCAGGUCAUUAAAGAGACGCCCAAGAAAGAGGGCGAUGCCGUGGUGACAUCUCCCUUCUUCACCGCAGCCACGCCUGCCGUCAGCACCAUCACCUUUGACCAGUUUUCCAAAGAAAAGACGCCGGAGAGGAUGCAGGUCAUGAAGGAGACGCCCCAAAAGGAGGGUGACUCCGUGAUGGCUGCUCCCUUCUUUGCCUCCGCUGGCCCUGCGGUCAGCACGCUCACCGCUGACCAGUUCGCCUCAGAGCCCACACCUCCCACCAAGACUGUGGGUGGGGAGGUGGUGGGGGAGCCUCCUGCCCCUGCCCCGUCCCGCCCCGCCGUGGAGGCUGUAGCCGAGGCCAUCGUUGCCUCCACCACCCGUGCGGCCCUGGACCACUUGGCCUCCCUGCAGGACUCCCCCACGCCCUCCACCGAUGAGUCAUCUGCCUCCACCGUCCUGGAGAGGGAGGCAGCCCAGGAGAGGGUGGAGGCUGCCCUCGCUGAGGCCGUAAGGGAGGAGGCAUCCCCCCCAGCUCCCCCAAAGGCUGAGGAGAGUCCGGCUUCCAGCAAAGGCUCCAGCCCUGACAUGGAUGAGUACGAGGUCAUAACUAAAGAAGACAACGCUGCCCCUGCCUCAGCACAGGCCAAGACCACCACCCCUGCUGCCGGUGCCACCACCACCACCACCACCACAACGCAAAAGUCUGGCCCUCAGACCCAGCCAUCCGCCACCAAGCCACCCGCACCGCCUAAGAGCGCGGCAGCUCCAGUCAAGGGUCAGAAGGAAGAAGAGGAAGAGGAGAGCGAGGAAGAAGAGGAAGAGGAAGAAGAGGAGGAGGAAGAAGAGGAGGAGGAAGAGGAUGAUGAAUCUGAAGAAGUCAUAGUCAGAGUAAUAAGAAGAAAAGUAAUCCCCAAGAAGGAGGUAGAGGAAGAAGAGGAGGAGGAGGAGGAGGAGGAAGAAGAGGAGGAGGAGGAGGAAGAGACAGAGGAAGAGGAAGAAACAGAGUCUGAGGUGGUAGUGAAAAAAGUACCAGUCACGCCGAAGCAGCAAACACCCGCUAAAGGGCCCACAAAGGCAGCUCCAGCCACGCAACAAAAGAAACAGGAGGAAGAGGAGGAGGAGGAGGAGGAGGAGGAGGAAGAAGAGGAAGAGGAAGAAGAGGAGGAGGAGGAAGAGGAAGAGGAGGAAGUCCCUGCGAGCAAAACAACAAAGCCUAACCCCUCAAAGUAACCGAGUCUGCAGUGCAAUAUAUCUUUCCUCAUAACACAAAGGCUAGUGGUAGAUUGAGUUAACAUUGAAUCUGAUAAGAUAAAACAUAGAAUAAGCAACACCCACACACCCACACGCAAGCACACACAUACACCCACGCCCAUCCACACACACUCACACGCAUGCACACAAACAAACAAUACCAAACCACCACCACCUUCCUCUCCCUUCUCAGGAAAUAUACAAACUAAGAUUAAAGAAAUAAUGUAUGAAUGUAAGCACUUAACUUUGAUGUAACAGCAGUCAUAUACAGGUAAUUGCAAUGACUAUGGUAAUUACAGUAUUAGUAAUAGUUUUGGCGACUAUUAGUUACUUGGCCCACUUGUCCCACCAUGAUUUAUUAUUAUAACAGUGGAGAGGGAGAGGGGGAGGCUUGUUACCUUUGUUACACAGACACUCCACACUUAGGAGCAACACUAACAAGCAUCAUCAGCAGUGUGUGUGUGUGUGUGUGUGUGUGUGUGUGUGUGUGUGUGUGUGUGUGUGUGUGUGUGUGUGUGUGUGUGUAAUUCACCUCUUGGUCUGCUGUGGGUCUCUCUCGAGACAGCCAGCCGUUCCCCUACGGAAGAGCACAGAGCUCAUAGUACCGAUCUUUGGGUAGGACUGAGACCACUCACACACAACACACCGCGACAACGAGGUCACAACUCCUCGCCUGACGUCGCGUACCUACUCACUGCUAGGUGAACAGGGGCUACACGUGAAAGAAGAUAAACCCAACUUAUCUUCAUCCGGCUGGGGAAUCGAACCCCUGUCCUUCUGGUUGUGAGGCAGACGCUCUAUCCACUGAGCUACCGGGCUGUGUGUGUGUGUGUGUGUGUGUGUGUGUGUGUGUGUGUGUGUGUGUGUGUGUGUGCACACACUCAAAUGCACCUUGCAUAGACAUGCACAUACAUGCCCAUGCACUUUUUCAUUCAUAUAUGAGUGUGCAUGAAUGUAUGUAUACGUGUGUGCUGUGGGGUGUGAAACAUUGAAGCAGUGUCUUGUUCAUGUAAAGUUGAGGUAUAUACAAUUAUACAAUUACACACACACACACACACACACACACAUUGCAGCCUUUGCUUACACUCUUUCUCAUCUUGCUCUGAUAACUUACUUUUCCCCAUCAAGGUCUGUUUCAAAAGGAGUUCUGUAGUCAUUUGUGUGACCUCUUUUCCUUGAAGCAGGUAGUCUAUGCAUGAGACACCACUGUAGAGUCAUUCAUAUUCUUGCACAGUGCUUCAGGUCUGCAUUUCUAGAUGAACUUAUAAGGUAAGGAAAGUGCUCAGCCAUUUAAGCUAAAUAUUCCUAUUUCUCUUGUUUUCGUGGCCAAUAUUAGUGUCGACAUAACGAAGGGAAUAAGGUGUGUGAACUGAAAUACUAGGAUGGUGUUGUCCCCCGGAGAAGAGCAGGAUGCAUAUUUUUGUACUUACUUCAUUUAGCAUUAGUGUACCAUGAGCAAUUUUAUUGUAAAAUUCCAUAGUCAUACAGUGCAACUUAUUAAUGACAGUAUAUACAUCGACACCACUAAUAUGUUAAGCUUCAAAAUGUAGACAUUUGUGUGCUUUGCAGCCACUGACUGAAUUAUUCUGUAUAAUUGCAUCACAGAUAAAUGGCUCCAUUUUGUAGAUCAGCAAAUGAUGAGUGACAAGAUUUGCUCUCCUGUACCCAUAGCCAUUGUGUAGGGAUCCUGUACUACUAGAGGUAAUGUUAGCCUGUGUGCAGUAAUAGUCCCAUGAGUUACCACUAAUGCAACAGAUUCCACGUUCACUGCCUUACAUUUAUUUGUUUGGAAAGCUUGCAGGAAGUGUCUUCGUUUUACUUCAUGUCAGAACACUUAAUAGGUGUUGGUUCCUUCUGACCACGAGCAAGUCUUGGUGAUCAAUUCUUUUUGCAUUUUGCUCUACUCACCCAUUCCUACAAUGUUACUUGAAGUAGCCUGAUAAUGUUUGUUCAGUAAUGUGUUUGUUAUUCAGAAAUUAGACAAUUUAUUUUCAGGAAUCAUGAAAAUGAUUAAGUGGAAUGUUGAAUGCUGCCGCCAUCCUGUUUAUAGGAUGAAUACUAGUGCCAUGGUGUCACCACAUGCAGUGACUGUGCAUUUUCAGUCAUUUAACAGAGAAGUCAGCGCUAUUUCUCUCAUUUCAGGAUUUUAGCUUUUUUAUCCUCCACUUCAGUGCAGUUAUGUAUAGGUAAUCUCACACAGCUAUUUUUAAGAUUGUCGGCUUCAUAUCUUGCAGCCCGAGUGGCCGCCGCUGCCUCCCGCAGCCUAGGGAGCAGCGCCGAGGUGGCUGUGCUCGGCUGCUCCACCACCACCACCACAUCCAGAGUGACCUGUGUUACUUCCUCACUCACUAACGUGUCUCUUGUACAGUUUUCUCCCGCUAACAGAGAAUGAAUGUAUUGACUGCAUUUUUAAAACGUUAAUUUUAGCUGUUGAUGAGUCAGUAGGUGUGUUUACUUGUGUAACAUUUUUGUUGUUGAGGGGUUUUGGGGGUCUGUGUAGGCCAGGCCAGUCAGCUGUGUCUGAUGCUGCUCUCCCAAAAUGUUGUUAGGAGUCCGUGUUGGCGAUCAUACAAGUCGCCACCUCUUCUCAUGGCCAAAAUGAGGGUAGGUUACAGUGUUUCUCAUGUGUCUGGGAGCCACAGAAAUGCAUUACACUUACCAAAAAAUUUUGUAAAAAUUGUUUGUUAUUUGGACCACCUCAUUACCGGUGUGUCCGCCACAACAGCAAGCAAGUGCGGGCUGCGGCAGCAAGCACUAACCCGUGUUAAUGUUUUUGUACAUCGGAGUCCAGGAUGAGGGCGGCAGCACGUCGGUGUGUGCCUCCCUGUCAGUGCGUCCCUCUGUAUGGGAGUCCUGUAAUUUACUCUGGUUAUUUAUCUUAAGAAAGGUAUAUAUUGUUACUGGAAUGUUACUACUAUGUCAAGUGUGCCAUGGAAUGCUUUAGAGGGGGUAUGGAACACUUUGGGAACCUUCAUCUCUAUGUGAACUCCUUUUUAGCAGACAGUUCCUUUCCCUUUUUAUUCUUGGCUGGAACGAAGACUAUUCAGCUUGGUUACCAGUAGUGUCCGUGUCAGUAAGGGAGAGGAUGAGGAAGAGGAGAACAAGCAGCUGCUGGACGGGAGACGACAAACACUGCGGCACCAGUGAAGAGAAGCAAAGCAGGCAGUCACACGCUUGUCUUUGUCCCCAGUUAAAGCUUAUAUUCUGCCCUCCCUGGGAAGGUCAGUGUGGCUGUUGGGUAAGGAGCAGGAACAGCCACACCUUUUUUGUUUCCCCUAACAGGUUUUUUUUUUUUAUUUGUCUAUUGCCUUUGAGCUGGUUCCUUUACCAUGAAAAAGAGCAUAGCAGGCAAUAACACCCUUGUCUUUGCCUCUGCUUCAAAGUGUACAUUCUGUCCUCUACUUAAAGGCCGAUGUAGCAGUUAAGUAAUACAGAGGACUAGGAGCAGCCAUACAUGACCCUCCUCACAAGAAGCAAAGCAGGUGAUAACACACUCGUCUUUGCCUCAGAAAGUGUAUAUUAUGUCCUCCUUUUGAAGCCUGAUGUAGCAGUUAAGUAAUACAGAGGAGGAGAAGCAGAAGCAGCCACACAUGACCUUCCCCACGAGUUUCCUUCCUUCCUCCCUCCCUCCACAUGUCCCAAGAGUGUCCGAGGUUGACGCGUGCAGUAGUGGUUGGUUGACCAGCAAUAUUUACUAGUCAUGAUUAUAUUUAUCUAGUCACAGUAUCUUCUAGUCAUAUUCCUGUGUUCACACAGAAUGAUUUGUGAGUCUCCAUAUUGGGUUAAUAAAACAUAGAUCUAAAAGA